UGUGACCUCGUGGAUUAUUCCAGUUCUCCUCAGGCUCUCAGGAUGGCAUGGACCUGCUGGCUGUACUAUUUCUCCAAGUUCAUUGAGAUGCUUGACACUAUUUUCUUUGUCCUGAGGAAAAAGAACAGUCAGGUUACUUUCCUUCACGUCUUCCAUCACUCCAUCAUGCCUUUCACCUGGUGGUUUGGGGUCAGAUUCUCCGCAGGUGGUCUGGGAACCUUCCAUGCCCUGCUGAACUGCAUCGUCCAUGUCAUAAUGUACACCUACUAUGCUCUCUCCGCCCUGGGACCCGCCUAUCAGAAGUACCUGUGGUGGAAAAAGUAUAUGACCACCAUCCAGCUGGUUCAGUUUGUGCUGAUCACCGCUCAUAUUGGCCAGUUCUUCAUGAAGGACUGUCCUUACCAGUUUCCUGUGUUCCUCUACGUCAUCGGUUCAUAUGGGCUGAUCUUCCUGUUCCUGUUCCUCCACUUCUACUAUCACGCCUACACCAAGGGCAAGAGGCUACCCAAGGUGUUCCAGAACGGAAACUACCUUCUCAAGAAAUCCGAGUGAUCUUUCCUUUGGCCACCCAAACGUGACGCUCUAACCUAUUAAGUGGGAAUAUUCCUUUUUAUUUCAUCCGUUCAAGUUCCACUUCCCUGUUUUAUGUUAAAACUAAUGUGGAAUCCACCUUAUCACUGGAUUUAAGACGUCUGAAA